AUGCUUCAAGGCAUCACUCAGGAGGAUGUCUUCUUCUUCAAGAGGGUUGCCUGCCAUUCCGUCGGCCACUGCCUCGAUGGCGUGGUUUCGAUCACAAAACUCGCCGAGGGGGGCUUCAACCGCGUCUUACAAAUCACCUUCAAUGAUGGAUAUGCAGUCCUGGCAAGAUUGCCGUAUAAGACGACUGUUCCCAAACAUCAUGCAGUGGCCAGUGAAGCGGCCACACUCGCCCAUCUGCGUGCUAAUGGGGUCCCCGUUCCCAAAGUCCUUGCCUACUCCCCAGAUCAGACAAACGCCGUUGGAGCCGAGUACAUUCUCUUGGAAAGAUUCGAAGGAACACCCUUGAGCGGUCAGUGGUACUCCAUGGACACCAGAACUCGUGUCAAAAUUAUGCGACAGAUCGUGGAUCUGGAAAGACAGUUCAUGAGCAUCCGCUUCCCAGCAAGCGGAAGUCUUUACCACCGCCGUGAUCUUGCAAGCUCACAACGCGUGAUCCCGGUCUCGGACGACAUUGUCGUUGGUCCAACCGCACAACAUGAAUGGUGGUAUCGGGAACGGGCUUCUCUGGACGUCGAUUGCGGUCCAUGGACUACAUUCUCCUCAUGCUUUGAAGCACCUGCUAAGCGCGAGAUGGAGUUUUGUGAAAAGUUUGGCAAACCACGACUCCACGUCGAAAGAUACCUGCGAGAACUACACCAGUAUCAACCCCGCUCACCCAUCCCGUACCAGCAUCUCCUUGCCAAUUACUUGAAGCUAGCGCCUGGUCUCGACGUUACAUCCGACCACCGCAUAGCUCGCCCGACUGUUCGUCAUCCGGACUUUUCGCCUAACAAUAUCCUGGUGAAUACGUCCAACGAAGUGGUCGGAAUCAUCGACUGGCAGCAUGCAGUCAUUCUGCCCCUCUGCCUGUGCGCUGGCAUCUCCGACCAUUUUCAAAAUUGGGGCGAUCUCGUGUCGGAGACAUUAUCCAAGCCUGAGGUCAAAUUGCCGGAUCAUUUUGACCAACUCAACCAUGAAGAACAGGCGGCGGUUCAGGAGACGAUGCGGAGACGAAUCGUGCACUUUUACUAUGCGGCAUUGACCAUGAAAUCCCUGCCGGAUCAUUUUGAUGCCAUCCGAACUGAAAACUUCAUGCUCCGCGCGAAGCUUUUUCAUCAUGCACAGGCUCCCUGGGAAGGAGACUCGGUGUCGUUGAAGUAUACCAUGAUGCAGGUACUCACGAAUUGGCCGAUGCCGUUGUAUGAAGGGGCACCGACGGGUUUGAUGAAGUUUCCGGUUCAGUUUUCAGAGGAAGAGAUACAAAAAUGCGCGGAGGAUCACUGCCAGGAACAGGAGUUACUACAGGAGCUGGGCGAGAUGAGGGAUUUCAUCGGGACCGACGCCCUAGGCUGGGUUCCAGAUGAGGAUGAGUUUGAACGGUGCAAGGCGGUCAUCCAGAGCAUCAAGAAUGGUUUGAUGGAACAUUCAAGCACCGAAAUGGAGAAAACAGCUGUCGUUCACCAUUUUCCAUUCGAUGACCAUGACGAGAAUCCGUGA